AUGCGCAAGGAGCGCGCAAUGCGCGGCCCGAGAGGCCUGAUGGCGGACCGCAAAAUCCUCACGCUGCCGAUCGACACCGCCAAGGUGAGGCUCCAACUUCAGAAAGGUGGGGCCGCCGAGGCCAAGUAUAAGGGCAUGUUCGGCACGAUGGCCACCGUGGCGAAGGACGAGGGUCCCGCCGCGCUCUGGAAGGGCCUCGUCCCGGGGCUCCACAGGCAGUGCCUGUUCGGCGGGCUGCGGAUAGGCAUGUACGACCCCGUGAAGCGGUUCUACAUGGGCGACAUGCCCGCGGACGCUGCGCCGCCGCUGCACCUGAAGAUCGCGGCGGGCCUGACGACGGGCGGCCUGGGCAUCCUGAUCGCGAACCCGACGGACCUGGUCAAGGUCCGCAUGCAGGCGCAGGCGAAGCUCCCCGAGGGCGUCGCGCCGAAGUACCCCUCGGCGGUGUCAGCGUACCGCAUCAUCGCGCAGGAGGAGGGCCUCCUGGGGCUGUGGCGCGGCGUGGGCCCGAACGUGGGGCGCAACUCGGUCAUCAACGCGGCGGAGAUGGCGACGUACGACCAGUUCAAGGAGUUCUUCUUGUCGAUGGGCAUGGCGGACGGCGUGGGGUGCCACGUGCUCUCGGCGCUGGGCGCGGGCUUCGUCGCCGUGUCCGUGGGGUCGCCCGUGGACGUGGUCAAGUCGCGCAUGAUGGGGUCGAGCGAGUACACGGGCGUCCUGGACUGCUUCGCCAAGACGCUGAAGAACGACGGCCUGUCCGGGUUCUACAGGGGGUUUUUGCCCAAUUUCGGGCGUCUGGGGAGCUGGAACGUGGCAAUGUUCAUGACGCUGGAGGCCGUUCGCGCCAGGAUGUCUGCGUGA